AGCUGUAGCAACAAGCCGUUCUCUUUCCAUUAGGAAAACGUCCCGCAGGAGUGAUAUAUCAUAUGUCAACCGGGCCUGCCAUGCAAGCCCUAACGGCAGACGACUUUACGGUCGUCCCUGUCCCUUUGCUGGACGCCACAGUGGGAAACGCCCAAAUUGUCGCCCGACUCAGCGUCGUCUUCGACGCCCUCCUGUGCUUGGACAAACUCAGGGAGUCAUGGUACAAAACCCUCGAGGCCAGGCCUAUCAUGCAGGCGCGCGUUCGUCGCUCACGGACAGCCCCUUCCGGCCUUGACUACCAUGUCUUGACCCCCCAGGGCCUGGUUAAGUACCUGGACAGCCAGCGCACGGCCCCUGACCACGUCAAGGACUUUUACUGUCUGGACGAGUCACAUCGGUCUAUCACAGACUAUUGUGCAGGCUUCGGGGUCGGGCCCAGUGCGCCCAGCCACUCCUACCGCACCUUCGUCAGCGAUUUCGCCGACAAGGACGAUGAGCAGCGCUGCAUGGCGUUCAAUGGCGUCAAGACCCUCGAGGAGAUCCUCGACUCGGAUCGACCUGUCAUGACGGUCCAAGUGACGCGGUUCUCCGAUGCCACGAUGAUCAGCCUUUCUCUCAGCCACAUCAUUGGAGACCUCGCCACCCUCAAGUCUUUCUUCAAGGGCUGGGAAAGCACCCUGCAGGGGACCCCGCCUCCGCCUUUUGAGCAGCUGGGCAAGGACCCCUUCGCGGCGUAUGGGCCCGGUGGAGAGCUGGCAGGCAAGGGAGUGCAUUCCAAUAACCCCCCCUUGCCGCCGGGAUGGCGCGUCUAUGGAAUCUUCGACAAGCUGCGCCUGCUCUCUCGUAUCCUGUGGGACAGUCGGAUUACGCGACCAGAGAAUACCAUCUCUCAGAAAUGCAUCUUCAUCUCGCACGCCGAGGUCGAGGGCCUGGUCGAACAGGCGCAGAAGGAUCUCAUCGCUCUCGAGGCCAAACGCAAGAAAAGGGGCAUUGAAAGCAAGCGCCCUCUAACCGUCACCAAGUCGAACGUCCUAUACGCCUGGUUGCUGAAGAAUAACCAUACCCACCUCAGCCCAAAUGCAUGGAGCAAGCCGGUCACCAUCGUCAGCACCCGCGUCCGACCCCCAGCGGGGAUGAAGCCACAGGACCAGGGAGAUGACUUCCCCAAGAGCGACAUGUACGGCGCCGCCAUGCUCACCGCGCUGCCCAGUUUAAGGGUUGGCAAGCUGCGAUCCAUGCCCCUGGGCGAACUGGCACUCCACAUCAAAGACGGGAUCCGCGAGGCGUCGACGCCAGAGUACGUCCGCCGCUUUUUGGCAUUCACGCUGCAUAAUGCGCUCUGGAAGGCACCUACGGGCAAACUCGCUCUCUUUAUGCCGCCGAAUGAGAACUGGUCCGGCGUCACGGACUGGCGGCUUGUCAAGUUCCAUGAUAUCGAUAUGACACCGGCGCGUGUGGAUGGUUCGGGGCAGCAGGUGCAGAUCUGUGCGUUUAAUACGCAUAUGGUCACGGCGGACUCGCAGCGCGAUCGCUGGGCUUGUUUGGGUGAUGCUGGUGGGGGUGUUUGGUUUAUGGGCGUUGCUGGUGAGGAGCAGUGGAAGCAUCCUGAUGGCUUUGGCAAGUAUCCGUUUGUGCAGCGGAGGGCGAGCAAGCUAUAGUCGUCGCAGUCUGUUAUCUAUUCUUUACUUUGUACUUAUUCUGAAUUGUAUUCUCUAUUCUCAUGUAUAUAGUGUUGUAUGUAGUAUAUAUAUAGAUUCCUGGUUGGGUUCUGCAUAUGAGAGCUGCAGGAGCGCGAAAGGCUGAGCAUCAAGACAGCUGAACCAGUCUGUCCAAUUAGCACACUGUCAAACAGACUACUGCAAGCCUCCAUUCCCAAUGAGUACACUGUCAAACUGCC